AUGGAGCUCUCCCGGCAGGAGUACCCGGCCUUGCUGGCUACUCUACACCCCAAUCAAGCUUCGACUAUCCUUAACGAUCGCAUCCGACUCAUCAACAAGAUCAAUGCGGAUAUCGCGGACUUCCUGCAGGAGCGCCGUCGCGUUGAAGAGGCCUAUGCCCAGAGCUUGCGGAAGUUGGCCAGUCGGCCACAAUUGGACAAUGGCGCUGCACUAGGUAUUUUCCAAAUCCCGUGGCAGCGCAUCAUCAAUGCCACCGAAGCACUCGCCGUGUCGCACGAGACCCUUGCGACCAAGAUCGAGGAGGAUGUAGAACGGCCCCUGCGAGAAUACAGCAACAAGAAUCGGGAUAUGCAGUCAAUGCCUGGCAUCCAGAGCAAUCUGGCAGGGCUGGCCAAGAACAUCGAUACCGCGCAAAAGAAAGUGGAUAAGGCCAAGGCCAAGGGCGCCAAGGGCGCAAGCAACCUUUCCAGUGCAAUUGCUUCAGCAGAGGAAAUGAAUCAACAAUGGGAGUCGCGUGCUCCCUUUGUCUAUGAACAGCUGCAAGCUGCGGAUGAAGGCCGUCUCAAUCACCUGCGCGAUGUCCUGACCCAGCUGGAGACCCAUGAAGUGGACCAAGUUGAGCGUUGCCGACAAGCCGCUGAGAGCUGUUUGAACGUUCUCCUUAAUGUGGAGACGGCAGAUGAAAUUAAGACCUUUGUAGCGAAGAUGGCUGGCAACCGAACACCUUUGUCGCCCGUGACGUCGCGGCGACAAAACUCUCAGGCGGAGACUCCCCCUGCUGUUCCAGCGGCAGCCACACCUCCUCUAGCUGCUGCACCACUUGCACCACCUCCUCAUAUUCAGGAUGAUGCCGCUAGUCAGCGAUCUGAGAGAUCGGAGACUCCAGCUCCAGCCGCCGUGCAAACACCCCCAGCUCCAGAGCCGGUUCCUCGACACACACCACUGGGUGGCCUGAGACGACUCGGCACAGUGAUGAACCGAAGGAAGAGCGUGAUUGGACCGACAGCUGGAAGCUUUGACCGAAAGGCAGAGAAGAAGCAUCGGAGCCCAUUCGCACCAUUUAAGAGAUCCGACUCCUCCAGAGAGAUGCAAAUCCCUGAAUCUCCACCUUCGACUGCUGAUAGGCCAGGAACGUCCUUCACUGAAGAAUCUUCACUGCGGAAUCCGAGUGUAUCACAGGACCACAAUGUCCCUGAUACGAUCGCGCCUGCGCCGAUUGAUCACCAGGAGCCAUCCAUUGCGAAUGGGACUUCGGCAGAGGCCCAAGCUGGGCUAGUUAGCAACGGCACCGCUCAGGCCCACGUUGAUUCUGAUGGCUUCACUGAGCGACCUUCGACUGUAGAUGAGAUCACACGUGCCCAGAGAGAAGCAGCAGGCUUGGAUGACUCUGGUGUGAACUUGACGAUUCGUGACCAGCCUAUCUUCGAAGAUGAAAGCCAAGCUAAGAAGGCUAUGGACGAUAUGGCAAACACCCUUCGGAUGCGCGCCCCGCAGCCAGGCAUUAGACGAAAUGCAGGCACUAUCCGAGGCCGGCGUGAUGUUCGGAACACUGUCUUUGUCCCCAACUCUAGCACAGAUAUGACUGCCACAUCAGCAGCAUCUGAUUUAUACGGCCCAUCUUCUCCUAUCAGGCAUGCUCCGUCUCCCAGUACCGCGACAGAGGACCAUGCCAUGUCGGAUACUACAUCGGUCCGCUCAGGAUACACUAUGCAUGGAGCCGGAGCUAGCAUUCAUCCCGAGCUUCACGAGCCGGGCUUGAAUGCAUCCAUUAUUGAGACUGUCAGCGCAUGGUUCUCAGAGGGCAACGUGGCCAAGUCAUCUGUUGUGGGAGAACUUGCUCUCGCACACAACCCUACACCCGGUGCUCCCAUAGAAAACGUGCGCAUCCACCUUGAUAACUUCCCAGUCCUGGAGAAGGUCGCCGCCAACCCACACUUUGUUCAUGAAGCCAGCAAGGACGGUACAGAUGAAAAGCGUGGCGAAUACGACAUCCACCUGGGCAGUAUUUCGCGACCCAUACCAACCGUCGCCUUCAAAUACCAGGUGCACUUAGAUCCGACCAACCCCUCGGCCUACUGCCCGGUCAUCUUCAAGCCAGCCUGGAACCUGCAAGAGAACCAAGCAAGCGCAAUCAUCUUCUACUCCCUCAACCCCUCCUUUACCUCGGCCACCACCGGCUCAAUCACCCUCAAGAAUGUCGUCCUGACAGUCGGUCUGGACAUUGCGGCCGAAGACGAGAUCACCAAGGAACCGCGCGAGUCCGUCGCCCAAGCUACCAGCGCCGUGAUGUACCCCAAUUCCGGCGCUACCUUCCGCCGCAAGACCUCCACCGUGGUCUGGAAGAUCCCCGAGCUAGAAGUCAAAGCCCCCGGAUCUGGCGGCGAAGAUGGCAAGUUCCUCGUGCGAUUCGCCACGGCGACUCCUGGCCCGCGCAAGGGUAAUGUCGAGGCUAGAUUUGAGCUACGUACUACCGAGACCGGCUCUCGGCUGGGUAUCAGCCGUGCUCCUGUGCACGCUGGCCCGAAGGAAAUUGAUCCGUUCGCGGAUGAUGGAAAACCUGCUACACCCGUUCCUUGGGAGGAAGUUCCAACGGCACGCAAACUUGUCGCGGGGAAGUAUGUCUCUACUUAG